CUGCAGGAAGUGGGGUGGCUUAUAAACAAGGGCAGCGUGGAGGUACCGAGCCAUUUGUGCGCUGGUUGGCAGUGGUUCCUGGAUAAUGGCGAGACUGACAGAAGUGGGAGUGCUUCUCCUGGUGGUAGGGGUGAUCUGUGCUGCUGCCCAGGAGGAACCAAAUCCUCCAGAGCAAAAAGAUAUGCAGAAGUUCUUCGUCAGGUCAGUCUCCACCACGACUGAGACCGUGUUAACAUCCAUCACCUCCAUCGUCCCCUUCCUCUGCUUCUUCACGGGCGCUGCACCGGCCGUUGCUUGUCAGGGCAGAAGACUUCGUCGAUCCCGCCAAAUCUCACUGAAUCUUGGGUCCCCCGCUCUCUCCCCCGACCUCGACUACGGUUCACUCGACGUCAAUCCACAAGAGAUGGAGAAGGAGGAGGUCACCGAUGAAAAGUUCUUCUUCACGCUGUACAAGUCUGUCACCACCACUGCCACCAUCACUACCACCUCCAUCAACUCCUCCACUACAGUGUCCGUUUCAGCUUAUUGUACCUUUGCUGGGUUUACAGGGCCAGUGUGCUAGAAGUCUGCCUCGCCAACCCCUGUGCUAAUCGUCUGCUCGCCACCACCCGUCCUUUCUAAGUAGUCAUGUCAGUGGUUGUUAUAUAAUGGGUAUUUGUGACCCCUCUAAUAAAUAUUAAUAAUAGUAAUAAUAA